AUGCUGGAAUUAAAGUCAUUGGAUGGACUAGAGCUACUAAUUAUCGCAGGAUUUAUGCAAUGGCAUUAUAUGUAUUCUGUGGUUUUUGGGGUGCUAGCAAUUGCGGCUGAACGAGCGUUUGCUUCGGUUUUGAUAGAAAACUACGAGUCGAACACUCAACUUUUCAUCCCUGCCCUUCUCACCAUGACCUAUCAAAUCUCAGCAAUCUUGGUUUCACUUUCCGUAUUAUUUCAUAAAAUCAAAUCAACCACAUCUCAUAUUCCGUGGAUUGUCUGUUGUUCUAUUUCGGCGUUGGUGUAUUUGUUUGUGAAAAAAGUGAAUGAAUCUUUCAAUAGGGACAUCAAAAAUCCAAAUAGAAAACGAAUAUUCACGGUAUCUCAGCAGUUUCAAGUCAAGGAGAACUUGCGGGCGUUGAGGCUCGGCACACGGCUUGUCUUUGCUGUCCUCGCUUCCAUUGCCCUCUGCGGAUCUGGAAUUGCUGCAUUGACUUUCGACUUUAUUCCAACCUACUACUCCCACUUCAUCGAGAAUUUCAUAUUUUUAAACCCUUACCUCGUCUGCUUUACUGCAAUGUUCAGUGUUCCGCAAUGGGAAAAACAAUUCAAAAAGAUGUUUCUAACGUUUCGAAUUAUCAAAAAAAGACGAAGAAAACCUCAGUUGGCCAGCGUUGAAACUAUAGAUAAUACGAAGAAAAACUUGGAUGUUGAGACCAAUUUAUACUUCAAGCAAUUGGCAGACUCGUGGAUUUGA